UGACGCGCUACAAGGUGCCUAGAACAGCAGCCGCGGGCAUCUACGGCUGGACCAGGACAGCUUCGCCCGCCCGAAUUGACGACCUCAACCCGAACCUGGCAUUCUGCCCACCUCGCCCAGCACUCCUUGUUCCGAGGCCGCAUAGAUUCACAGAGUCGCUUCGGACACCGUAAAUACCCAGCAACCCUCAGCAGCCAUGGCGGACCGAUACUCGUUCUCCCUGACGACCUUCUCGCCAAGCGGCAAGCUUGUGCAGAUUGAGUAUGCCUUGAACGCCGUCAACCAGGGCGUCACGGCGCUUGGGAUCAAGGCGACCAACGGAAUCGUGCUCGCGACCGAGAAGAAGUCGUCGUCGCCUCUCGCAGACCCUUCAUCGCUCUCCAAGAUCAGCCUGAUCACGCCCAAUAUAGGGAUGGUGUACGCGGGCAUGGGUCCCGACUACAGGGUGCUGGUCGACCGCGCGCGCAAGGUGUCGCACUCUGGCUACAAGCGCAUCUACAACGAAUACCCGCCGACGAGGAUACUGGUACAGGACGUGGCCCGCGUUGUGCAGGAAGCCACGCAAUCGGGCGGUGUCCGCCCUUACGGCGUCAGCCUGCUGAUCGCCGGCUGGGACGAGGGCAUCCUGCCCGACGAGGAGGACAAGACGGUCGAGGAUUCCGAGGGCGAGAAGAAGAAGGUCUCGGGCAAGACGGGCGGCAUCCUCAAGGGCGGCCCCAUGCUGUACCAGGUCGACCCCUCGGGCAGCUACUUUCCCUGGAAGGCCACAGCUAUCGGCAAGGCCGCCACUAACGCGAAGACCUUCCUGGAGAAGAGGUACACCGAGACCUUGGAGCUCGAGGACGCUGUCCACAUCGCGCUCCUGACCCUGAAGGAGACCAUCGAGGGAGAAAUGAACGGUGACUCUAUCGAGAUUGGUAUCGUUGGACCUCCUGCCCACCAUCUACUGGGCGUCGAGGGCGUCGAGGGAGCCCAAGGCCCUCGCUUCAGGAAACUCAGUCCGCAGGAGAUUGAGGACUACUUGACCAACCUGUAAUCGUGCAGCUGGUUCCAUGACCAUCUCUUAAUUACCAAACCCUCGCAGACCCUUGUACAGUAGACCCCAAAAUAGAGGACACCAGGGCCAACGAGAUUUGAAUGACGUCUCUUUUCAACUCUUGCUUUCGUUCCAUGUUGAUGUCGCGGUCUAACUACUU